CGUGAACGCGCCUGGCGAGCGCACGUCCCACGCAAGAUUUGAAAUGAACGUUUGCGUGGCGUGAAUACGCGUUCGUCCACAUGGCUUGUUUCUUAAGGAGAAGCGUGGCAGCGAAGCUAAGCAGGACGCUGCGACAGCCGGAGGAUGCCUUCAUAUCAGCUCUCUCAGCAGUUCCAGUCUCCAAAAAACAGCAGUCUUCUGACUUCAGACUAUCCGUCAACACCCUGCGUUUGAAUGGGAUUAUACCAGCCAGUGGAGAUCUCCAGCUGGAGACGGAAGCGUUAGCAAAUGAGUUGAAGCAGGACAGUGUAGUGGAGGAAAUAUCAGCUGGACACGGCGUGAUCAACUUUAAAGUUCAUCGUCAGCUUCUUGUUCAGAAAAUGUUGGAGCCUUUUGAAGAAGGUUAUGACAAAUUUGGGCUAAGAAGUGAGCUUUUGAAAUCGCUGAAGAAAGGAACAACAUUGGUUGAAUUUAGCUCUCCAAAUAUAGCAAAAAAAUUCCAUGCCGGCCAUUUGCGGUCCACAAUUAUCGGUAACUUCAUAGCUAACCUUAAACAGUGCCUCGGAAACAGCGUUAUCCGUAUGAACUACCUUGGGGACUGGGGUAUGCAGUUUGGUUUGCUGGGGGCUGGCUUCAACCAGUUUGGCUGUCAGGAGAAACUGAAAGAGAAUCCCUUACAACAUCUAUUUGAUGUCUAUGUUCAAGUCAACAGAGAGGCGGAGAACAAUGAAGAAAUAUGGACGGCUGCUAGAGCUUUCUUUCAGAAACUGGAGCAACAUGAAGGGCCGGCGAUGUCAUUAUGGAAACAAUUCCGUGACAUCACGGUCAAUGAGUACAAGCAGGUUUAUCAGCGCCUAGGCAUCCACUUUGACGUUUACUCUGGGGAGUCCUUUCACCAAGAACAAGCCCAUGAGGUGGUGCAGCGGCUGCAGGACCAAGGCCUGCUGAAAAUAACAGAGAAAGGAACCAGUGCGGUGGAUCUCUCCCCGGCUGGAGACAUGUCCAGCUGCUGCACAGUACUCCGCAGUGAUGGCACCUCUCUCUAUAUUACCAGGGACAUUGCUGCAGCUAUAGAUCGGAAGGAACAGUACCAUUUUGAUGAGAUGAUUUAUGUGACAGACAAAAGUCAAGAGCAUCAUUUCCACCAGCUGUUCCAGGUUCUGCCGGCUAUGGGAUACUCGUGGGCUGGGAGGUGCCAGCAUGUGCCCUUUGGCCUGGUGCGGGGUAUGAAUACCAGAAGUGGCGAGGUGGUGUUCCUGGAGGACGUACUGGAUGAAGCGCGGGCUCGGAUGCUGCAAAACAUGAGCCAGUCAAAGACAACGAAGGAAAUGGACUGCCCAGAGGACACGGCUGAGAAAGUGGGAAUCAGUGCACUUAUAGUACAAGACUUCAGAGGUCCCCUGGAGUCAGAUUAUAAAUUUGACUGGGACAGGAUGCUCCAGGCCCGGGGAGACACGGGCGUAUUCCUGCAGUACACACAUGCCCGCCUGUGCAGUUUGAUGCGGAGAAACAAUGGUGUCGCGGCAGGUGGAUUUGAUCCGUCUCUCCUGCUUGAAGAGAGAAGCAUUGCCAUUCUCCAGCACCUUCUCCGUUAUGACGAGGUGUUAUAUCAGUCUGCCAAGGAUCUGCAGCCCAAACAUCUCGUCCACUUUCUGCUGAGGCUUUGCCACCUGGUUGCCUCAGCACACAAGGAGCUCCCGGUGAAAGGGAGCCCCGAUGAAGUUGCUCAGGCAAGGCUGCGACUGUUCAGAGGGGCUUGCUCUGUCCUGGCCAGUGGAAUGAGGAUCCUGGGCAUCAUACCUGUUGAUAAAAUGUGAAUCCUAUCAGCGUCAGUUCUCACUUGAUCACUGUCACUGUAACCAUUAUAAUUUAUAUGUAAAUAAAAGCCUUAAUAUUUUAC